ACAAAACUCACGCUUACCAGAUGGAGUGCUGAUUGGAGAGGUGCUACUGAGUUGUAUGAGCAAGCAGCAAAUGGGUUUAGGGCAUCAAACAAAUAUGAGAAAGCUAAAGUGGCUCUCGAGAAAGCUUCGAAAGGACAAGAGAUGCAAGCUUCUCCCUGGGAUGCUGCAAAACAUAUGGAGUCUGCCGCUGCACUAGCACAGAAGCUAAGUAUCUGGAAUGAGGUUGCUGAUUUCUAUAGAAAGGCGUCUGAGCUGUAUGUUGAGUGUGGAAGGGCACAACCUGCAUCUGAUGCUCUUGGAAAGGCUGCACGUGCUUUGGAAGAGGUCAAACCUGAUGAUGCCAUCCAACUAUACACUGAUGCUUGUGAAAUUCUUGAAGAGGAUGGGAGGGACCAAAUGGCCUUUGAUCUGUACCGUGCUUGUGCUAACGUCUACAUAAAGCUCGAGAAGUUCGCAGAUGCUGCAACUUUUUUCUUAAGAUUAGGCGUAGCUGCUGAUAAGUGCGACGCCACAAAUAGCCAGUGUAAGGCAUAUCUUAGUGCAAUCAUUGUAUAUCUGUAUGGUCAUGACCUGAAGCAGGCAGAAAAAUGCUACAACGACUGUUCUCAGAUUGAUGCUUUUCUAAAGAGUGAUCAGAACCGAGCUGCUAGUAGACUGCUCUCAGCCUAUAAUGACGGUGACAUUGAAGAAAUCAAGAAGGUGGCAAGUUCAAGCACUGUCUCGAAUUUGGAUCAUGCGAUCAUCAAGCUGGCUAGAAAGCUACCCACUGGAGAUGUUACUGCAGUUCAGAUGAACACUGGUGAAGAUCUCGACGAGGAUGAUCUCACUUAA